AUUGGAACGUAACGUAAGUCAUUUAUUUGAAAAUAAAUAGGUGUUUGACGUACAACUACGAAAUCUUCGUUGUAGAUUUUAUGAUAUCAUUAAUGUUCUUUGUUAAAUAAUAUAAAUAAGGUCUUAAUGGUUAUUUGUAAGAAAAACGAUACUUGGAACCAUUCUCUCGUAAAGAAUUAUAGGUUAUAAUUUUGUAAAUAUGUUUCGUAACUUGGUGAAGAUCUUCGAACCUAUCAAAAAUCACAUUUCUCGCACUGCAGUGGGCAGCACGGUUGGCGGAGCGCAGAAUGGUUCUGCUUUCGAGCGCAACAGUGUAACCAAAGAGCAGCAACUGUCGGAAGCUCUUAAGCGCUCGCUGCCCGGCAUCACGUUUAUAAGCGUCGAGGAUAUUUCUGGAGGAUGUGGUGCAAUGUUUGAGGUGAGUGUAGAAGCUAAAGAAUUUAUUGGAUUAUCCCGUGUUAAACAGCAUCGCCUUGUUACUGAGUCCCUAAAGAGUGAAAUAGCCGAGAUGCAUGGUAUACGAAUACAUACCACACCAACACCAGCUGACAAAUAACAAGUUCUAUUUAAUGAUUAAACAAAGGAUGUAAUUGAAAACUAGUUAGAGAAUAUUAAGUAGUUUUGUUAUGAUGUAUGUUGUUAUUAUUUCAUGUUAUUUGUUAAAAACAAAGUAUUGUUUAGUGACAUAAUGAUUGUUAUUAUUCAAUGUGUCUUGUUUCUUUAGAGUGAAUGUUAAGUACCAGAAAAUACAAGACACUUGAAACUGACUUUGUUUGCUUCAAUUUUCACAAGUAAAACUCAUUACUGGACAUGAUUUUGAACCAAAUUAUUUCUGCAGUUGUACCUACCUUAUAACUAUAAGCCUAUACCUUUUAGCUAUGCAUCAAGUGUAUGGUACAAAUUUACUGUAGCAUUGACAAGAAAUUCCUAGAGCUAUAUAGGAUAUAGUAAACCAGAAUGAAAAACUAUACUGUGUUUUAAGUCAGUUUAAAAUAAUUGAACAAUAUUUUUUCUGGUCUUGUUGUAAAGAUGUUAGUUGUACCAUCAACCAUGUGUUACCAGUAGUACUACUGCUCAAUCAAUCAUAAUAUUAUGUUGGUAGUUCUGUUAUGUAGCUCAAUUCUAUUGUUGAGUAAAUGAUACUUUCUUCA